AUGGCUGCUCCUACCACCCCCGCCAACGGCGACAAGCCCUCCGCCGGCAACAUGACCUCGGCUGACUACUACGCCGACUCCUACGCGCACUUCGGUAUCCACGAGGAGAUGCUCAAGGACCAGGUCCGAACGCUGAGCUACCGCAACGCCAUCAUCCAGAACAAGCACCUCUUCAAGGACAAGGUUGUUCUCGACGUUGGUUGUGGAACUGGUAUCCUCUCGAUGUUCGCUGCCAAGGCCGGCGCCAAGCAGGUUAUCGGCAUCGACAUGUCGAACAUCCUUGACACGGCCCAGAAGAUCAUCGACGCCAACGGCUUCACUGACAAGAUCACCCUUCUCAAGGGCAAGCUCGAGGACGUUGAGCUCCCUGUCAAGCAGGUUGACAUCAUCAUCUCGGAGUGGAUGGGCUACUUCCUCCUCUACGAGUCCAUGCUCGACACCGUCCUGCUCGCCCGUGACAAGUACCUUGCCCCCGACGGACUUCUGUUCCCGGACGAGGCGACGAUCUACCUCGCCGCGAUUGAGGACCAGGACUACAAGGAGGAGAAGAUCAACUUCUGGGACGAUGUCUACGGCUUUGACUACUCGUGCAUCAAGGAGAUUGCGCUCAAGGAGCCGCUGGUCGACUGCGUCGAGCUCAAGAGCGUCGUUACGCAGCCGUGCGCGAUCAAGCACAUUGACAUCCGUACCGUGAAGAAGGAGGACCUCGACUUCACCGUUCCGUUCGAGCUCAAGGCCACGCGCAACGACUACAUCCACGCCUUCCUCGGCUGGUUCGACAUCAGCUUCUCGUGCUGCCACAAGCCGGUCCAGUUCUCCACUGGCCCCCACGCCAAGUACACGCACUGGAAGCAGACCGUGUUCUACACCCCUGACACCCUCACUGUCUCAGAAGGCGACGUCGUCAAGGGCACCCUCAAGUGCUCGCCGAACGCGCGCAACAACCGUGACCUCGACAUUGAGAUCGACUACGAGGUUGAGGGCGCCGAGGCCGUUAAGAACAAGAUGGUUUACAAGAUGUGA